UACUCUAAGACACCGGCUUCUAUAGAUACUUUUUGUUGUAAUAAGUAUUUAUUAUUUUGAAGUUGUUGUAUAGUGUUUUGUAAAUUGAAUAAAGUGCAGUGUUUAAUUGUGGUUGCAUUGUUAAAAGGAUACACUUAUUUUUAAGAAUUGGUAAACAAUGAGGUCACUAGUGCUUCUACUGACGACAUGCUCGUGUCUCGUGUCGAGUAUUCCACCUCCACACCCUGAUGUCCUGGCGGUGAGGCAGGAGGAAGAGCGUCUACCGCCAAUACUGAGAAGUCCAGCGCUACGGAACCCUCACUUACUGCAAGUCUUGCCUCUAACCAGCCUGUUACAUAAAGGAGAGAAACUCGUCUACGCACGAGACGCUCAUGAUGUGUCACGGAAGGAGAUUUACAAGAUCCUCACACAUGCGGGUCUUAUUCCGAGGAAGACAUUCCCACCAUCAGAAUACAGUCAUAGCCAUAGGUUCAACCAUAUACCAAUCUCCUUCAACAAAUGGAACGAAGCAGAGUUUUCUGACUCGGCAUUCAACCAAGAAAUCUUGCAAUUCUUGUAGUUCAAAUGACUUAAAGUGAUGUGAAUCUUGAAAUUUUGUGAUUAUUUUUAUGAACAUAUUUGUUUUCUUUUAUGACCUCGUGCCUACCGAUGAUUUUGUUGGUAUCGUUUUUUUUUUCAUUAAAUUAGAUUAGAUUAGACCAAAUUAUAAUAAUAGUUCGAUUGUUGUUGUGUAUGUUAAAAAUAUAUCAUUGGAUGAAAAACGUUUCCAUGUCUCGCCAUUUAGAGCCGAGUUUUCAAUGGUCAGUUAAAUUUUAUCAGAGAAUUAGUAACUUUGAAUAUUUGACAGUUCUUCCAUAUCUACUAAUAAUUGUCAAAUGUCAAUUUUAUUCCACAGUUUAUUAACUGACGAUUUUUUCGACACUGGCAGUAUAGUCGACAACAACAACAUUUUGGAGACUCGGUUGCCAAAGAAGAAAAAAAACUGACGAUUGAAAAAUCAGCCUUUAAUUGUAGGUUAAAUAAGUAUGAAGCCCUUAUAUUAGUUCCAAUGUAUCCUAUCUAUGCAAUAUAAAUACAAAGACUUAGAUUAAGAUAGUGAUAAGCAUGUAAAUAAAAUCAGCUUUAGUUAAACUUUAAGUUGAUAUUUUUGAAUGUUUGAUCAUUGGUCUGUGUGGGUUGUUUCUAGUGUGAACGACCAUUGUUGAUAAUAAACAAAACAAUUACGAA